AUAUGUGUUCAGAAUGAAUGGUAACGUAACCAUUAAUUCCAACUGAACAGGAUAUACCGAUCCCAAAAAUUCCUCAUCCAAACCUAUAAAUGAUGAAGUCUCAACUUUCAUUGGUUGAACCAAAUUUGUCCAAUAUUUUAUUGGCCCCUAUGAAGUGCAUUUUUCGAAGAAAUAGGGAUACUUUAUAGUUUAACACGUGUACUUAUACUAUAUGUCCUUUUCCAAUCACUCUGACUAUACCACCAAUAGUACUAUAAUCUUUUAUGGUAGUAAAUUUAACUAGUUAGUUUGAAAUAUCUGAAUAUCCAUACAAGGUCAACGCUUCAUUAGCUUCUCUCGGACUAGUCUAAUAUUCUUCAAGGAAGUUUCGACAUCUCUGAUAUUUCUUCAAUUUUGGAAUUAAACUGUUGACGGAUUAGUAUGCGAAGACUCAGCAUGCGAACGAAACGCAAGAAGUCAGAGAGAAACAGUGAAAGCGAAACUGAAGAAAAUGGCGACGAAUCAUCGAAACAAAACGAUAUGUCAAAUAGCGAAAUUAGUAACGAUGAAAAUAAUAAAAAAGAUAAAGAAAAUGAAUCUGAAGAGAACGAGGAUCUGAAUAAUACCCCCAAUCGAAAAUCGGGCGGAAAGAAGCAGCGCCUUUCAAGAACGCGUCAUACCGAAGAACAAAAAACGGCAUCACCAACAAACAGCAAACAAGCGUCGAAAACGAAAAAGCAGUUGGAAGAUUCCGAUGAUAUGAAGACCAAUACAGAUCAAGAAAAUGGUGCUGUAAAUAGACGUGGAGCUAAUAAAAGACGUAAAAAAGAUGAACAAAAAGAAUCACCUACGUCUAGUCGUGGUGCAGUUAGCGGUGAAGAGGAGUAUGAGGUUGAUAAGAUCGUCGGUCAUCGUACUAUCAAAGGUAGACGACAAUUCCUUAUUAGGUGGAAAGGAUAUGGAAAAGAGUCUGAUUCUUGGGAACAAGAGAAGGAUUUAAAUUGUCCUAAACUUAUCGAAAAUUUUCUCCUGGAUGAAAAUGAAAGUGAAGAAACUAUAUCAGAGAAAACUACUAAACCGAGUAAAACCAAGUCAGUUAAAGCAGAUAAAAAGAAAGAGAUGAAAAAAUCUAAAGAUAACAAAAGACAAUCCACUAUGUCUGAAGAAGAGGAACCGGAUACUGACUCAAUUAAAAAUGAUGAAAAUCAAAAAGAGUUUGAAGUUGACAAAAUAAUAGAAGUACAUUUUAGAAAAAAUAAAAAGAGAGAAUUCCUUAUUCGUUGGAAGGGUUUUAGCGCUGCAGAUGACACUUGGGAACCAGAAGAGAACUUAAAUUGUCCUGAUCUUAUAAGUAAAUUUAUGGAUAAAGUUGAAAAAGCAAAAACUACUCAAAUGCGGGAAUUAAGAACAAAUCCUGCUCAUACUAAACGUUAUACAUUAUCGACACAUGAUUCAGGAAGAAGAUUAUCACGUCGACAUAUUGACAAACAAAGAGCUACAUAUUACGAGUGCUAUGAAUAAAAAGAAA